GUCCAAAUCACGUGGUUGUAUAUUGAUGUGCGGGUACGUUGGAUCAAUAUUCAUUGAUAGAGCAGGGCGCGAUGCACUGAGAGAGAACACGAAUACUACGAUUCCUUGAAAUUCGAACAGAAUUAACUUCCUUGUCCAAGCGGAGAGACGAUGGGUUGAAUGUUUUAGUUCAAUAAAAAGAAACAAAUGGCGUCUGCAGAGACUACCGGAGAGCAUUUGCUUGUGGCAUCAUUUGACAUUGGCACGACAUAUAGUGGCUACGCUUUCUCUUUCCGAGACGAUCCGACAAAGAUUCAAACCAACCAAGCUUGGAAUGCUGGUUCCGACGCACUUUUGUCACUGAAAACACCAACAUGUGUCUUACUUAACCCGCAAAAAGAAUUUGUUGCUUUCGGGUUUGAGGCUGAGAAUAAAUACUUAAGUCUUGUUGAACAAGGGAAGCACAAACCGUGGAUGCUGUUCAGAAGAUUCAAGAUGCUGCUUCACAACAAUGAUGGAUUAAACCGAAACGCGACAGUAGAGGAUAUAACAGGAAAAAAGAUGCCAGCGAUAGAAAUAAUUGAAAUGUCCAUUCGCUACCUACGUGACCAUCUAGUUGACGCUCUUAAGACGCAAGUGGACGAAAUCAAUGAAUCAGACAUUUUGUACGUAAUUACAGUUCCCGCUAUUUGGAAUGAGGCUGCAAAACAGUUCAUGAGAGAAGCGGCUGUGAUGGCUGGUCUGGACAAUGAUCGGAUCAAGCUUGCACUUGAGCCAGAGGCGGCCUCAAUCUGGUGUCAACAGAUCAAAACGAGUCUCAAGACGGACCUCAGCAAGACCGGAAGUCAGUACAUGGUCGUAGACCUAGGAGGGGGGACAGCGGAUAUAACUGUCCAUGAAAAGAACAUUGACGGCACAUUGAAAGAAAUACACAAAGCCAGCGGUGGACCAUGGGGUGGUACCUGUGUUGAUAACAAUUUUAUCAGCUGGUUGAUAAACAUUUUCGGAGAGACCACAAUGUCCAUAUUUAAAGAGGAAGAAAUGGAGGAUUACUUUGGACUUUUGCGUGAAUUUGAGACAAAAAAGCGCACAAUUACCCCGGACACUGACGGACUUGUGACAUUUCGCCUACCUAUAGCAUUAAGAAGCAUCCAUGAUGAGACUGCAGAACAGACUAUUGAACAAACUCUUGAACAGAUGAAACUUACAGAUGAAGUCGCUUUUCGAAAAGACAAGCUAAGAGUUUCGGCCAGGAUUGUUAUGUCUUGGUUUUCGGAAUCUAUUAAGAAAACCACUCAACACAUGAUCAAUCUUCUUUCCGAGAGAAAAAUGAAAAAGGUGUCUACCAUUUUGCUGGUUGGAGGGUAUGGUGAAUGCAAGCUUGUACACGAUUCAGUAAAACGGGAAAUAGGAAACAAGAAUAUUAUCAUACCGCAAGACGCUGGGCUAGCGGUACUAAAAGGCGCAGUCAGAUUUGGACAUUUGCCUGGGCUUGUUACUUCUCGAGUAGUGAAAUACACAUAUGGUUUUGAUUUUAAAGCAGACUUUGAUGCAAGUAAACACCCCAUUCAGAAAAAGAUUAUUGACAGUUAUGGAGAAGACAAAGUGGAUAAUGCGUUUUUCACUGUUGUCUGUGCAGACACAGAAGUGAACAUUGGAAAACCAAUCAAGGCCUCUUCAGCAAUGUUUCUUAACUUAGAUACUGACACCGCUAUGAAUAUUUUCACUUCCUCAGAGUCAAACCCCAUUUUUGUAACUGAUGCCACAUGCAAAAAUGUAGGAAGCUUUUUAUUGGGAUAUGCAAAAGGAAAGUCCAAAGCUGAAAAUGAAAUAGAAAUUAACUUCCUAUUCGGUGAAACAGAACUGGAAGUAAGGGUGAAAAUGCUGAAAGAUGGCUCUGAAAUCAAGAAGGUCAUUGAUUGUUUAGCUGCCAAUGAUGCAAACAACUGAGCAUAUAAUAAUAACUUAUUCUUGAUGGGUGUCGCAUUCAGGUCAGUCUUACAAUUCGUAUAGUUUAGGCAAGAGACUACAAAAUCAAAUUCAUAUUUAUUUUAUAGCAAAUUGACCGAAGUUCAAGCAAAUAAAACUGAAUUCUAGAUAUUUAUGACCACGGACAACUAUAUGGAAAGAAAGUUUCUUAUAAGAGGAAUAACAUUGGUUGAAAGUGAUAUAUAUUCGAUCAAGUGACGCAAAAACAGAGUAAGAGCACAAACAAUGCGGCGAAAACGUAAGCAAACUUGUAGAUAAAAAAAGAUGAGAAUAUCCAACAUUUUGUAUGGUAAAACAAUACUUGUUUUAGUGUCAUGUGUAUUCAGUGUCAUGUGUAUUCAGUGGUGUCAUGUGUAUUCAGUGUCAUGCGUUACAGAAAACAAACUAACUCAUGUAACACUAAGAAGUCACUUCCAAAUGGGUGUUAUCUGUCUUUAAGACUUUACUUAUUUUUGGUUAUAGUUACACAUGCAAGUAAUUUCCAUGUUAAAAAAGUUUGAUUUCAACUUAUAUCCACAAUAACGAUUUAAGAGCUGUUUAGAACUAAAAACCCACAGUCAAAAUAGAGGUUAAACGAAAGAAAACCCGAAAAGUGUUAAUUCAUACAUAAUUUCACUCGACUGAAUCACUUUUAGUUGUGUUUCCUGUAAACAUAGUUUAGCUAGUAAAUAAUGACACGAAUUUGUGUUAUCUGCCCUUGAAAAUCAUCUCGAAAUAGGAUUCAUCUGUGACAUUGUUUACUAUAUGUGUUUUAAAGGGUGAACACACUGGAUUUCGACACAAUAUACGUUAUCAAAUUCGACUUUUUAAAUUAUAUAAUUUUUAUUGUUUUUUUAAAAUAUGUAUAUGAAAAUAUUUGUGUUAUUUUUAUCGUAUCUUCGAAAAUAUUCAAAUGAUGACAUGUCAUAAUAAAGGCACUACCCUGUA